GAAUUUGCCCGGUAGCUCAGUCAGUCCGAGGCAGGAGAGCAGAGCCACUUCAACCCGUCACACUCCGACACGGCCAGGGCCAACGGGAAAACAACAACAACAACAACAACAACAACAACAAAGCCCCCCCAACCAGAGAGAAGCAUGGACAACGUGGAGAAGGGACGCGAUGGAGCGGGCAGCCCGGAGCCAGAGCGCGCGCACGAGGAGGGCUCCGGUGAGGCGGAGGUGCAGGUCCACGCGGCUGCGGCCGCGGAGCGCGGCUCGCCGGACUACAUGGACACUCGGGACCGGGACAAGCGCAGCGGCUCGUCCUCCUCCUCAUCCAGCGACGAGGACGAGGAGGCCAAAGUGGAGAAAGUGGCCAAAUCUGAGGAAGUGGUCAAAGUGGAGGAAGUGGUGGAGGACGCGCGCGGCGGCUCCAGGCGCUCCUCCGCCUCCUCCGCGUCACCGGGAGACCCGUGCGACGACCCGCCGAUCCAGCCGAGGGUCCUGGAAGAAGAAGAUGGUGAUGAUGAUGAUGACGCGGGACAUGAUGGGCUGCUGAUGACGUACGACCUCCCCGGCUCCGCCGCCGCGCCGCGGGGGGAGUCCGUGGACUACAGCCUGAAGGCGCCGGAGGAGCGCAGCGCCGCGCCGCCGGAGCCCCAACAGCCCGACAUCUCCCUGUUCGUGAGGGCCGGUAACGACGGGGAGAGCAUCGGCAACUGCCCCUUCUCCCAGCGCCUCUUCAUGAUCCUGUGGCUCAAAGGGGUCGUGUUCAACGUCACCACGGUGGACCUCAAGAGGAAGCCGGCAGACCUACACAACCUGGCUCCGGGGACGCACCCUCCCUUCCUGACCUUCGACGGAGAGGUCAAGACCGACAUCAACAAGAUCGAGGAGUUCCUGGAGGCAACGCUCUGUCCCCCACGGUAUCCCAAACUCGCCGCCAAGCAGCGAGAGUCGAACACAGCUGGAAACGACAUCUUCGCCAAGUUCUCGGCCUACAUCAAGAACACCAAACCGGAGGGCAACGCCGUCCUGGAGAAGGGCUUGACGAAGGCCCUGAAGAAGCUGGACGACUACCUGAACAGCACCCUGCCGGACGAGAUCGACGCCGACAGCAUGGAGGAGGAGACGAGCUCGGAGCGCGGCUUCCUGGACGGAGCCGAGCUCACGCUGGCCGACUGCAACCUGCUGCCCAAGCUGCACAUCGUCAAGAUCGUGGCCAAGAAGUACCGUGACUACGACAUCCCCUCCGACAUGUCGGGCGUGUGGCGCUACCUGAAGAACGCCUACACGCGCGACGAGUUCACAAACACCUGCGCCGCCGACGGCGAGGUGGAGACCGCCUACAAGGACGUGGCGAGGAGGCUGGCCGCGUGACAUGGCCGCCGCCGCCACGCGGAACACACACACACACACACACACACACACACACCGGACUCCCCUUUUGAGUCUUCUUCGGUGGUUGUUUUCAGGAACCCGGAUUUUAUUUUUUUCUUCUUCUCUCGUCAGACGUCCCAGAUGUUCUUUCACUUUUAUUUAUUCCUCCGCCAGCAGAAGUCCAGUUUGACUUCGGUGUUUAUUAUCACGGGAUUUAUUUUGUUAGCCGCUGAAUUUUUCUCGCUGUUUUGAUUCCGCCGAUUUCAUUUUUCAAGUUUUUUUUAUUAGAUUUUUUUUUUAAAUCUCAAAGUUCACAGCAUUUUUUUCCCCCCCGCCGAUUUUAAUUGUGAUUGACGCCGGAUGUUAUGGAAGCCCGUUUCCGCCACUGUGAUAAAAAAAUUAAGAUCCUGUAAGUCAUAAUUAUGAGAUACUAUCUCAUAAUUAUGACUUAACUAUCUCAUAAUUUCGACUUACUAUCUCAUAAUUAUGAGAUAGUUAAGUCAUAAUAAUGAGAUAGUAUCUCAUAAUUAUGACUUAGCAUCUCAUAAUUAUGACUUACAGGAUCGUAAUUUUUUUAUCACAGUGGCGGAAACGGGCUUCCAUAGGAUGUCGCUGCACAUUUUUUUUUUUUUUUUUUCAAUCUUGAAAAUUCACUCUGCUGUUCCCCUGAAAUCCUAAUUUGAAGAGAACAGUUUAAUUUGUAAUAGGUUGAGUUUAAAUGCUGGAUGAUUUUUUUAUCCCAAAACUCUGAAAUAAGAUCGUUUUAUAAAUUGGUUUGCAUGCACGAAUCUGUUAACAUUUUUAAUAUUUAAGAACUGUACCUUAUUUUUCAGACAGGGAAAAAAAAGUUAAGAAAAUGUCCUUGAAUUUUUCUUGCUGUUUUGAUGUUUGAUUUUUUUGAAUCUCAAAUAAAAAUUCAUUCUUGCUUUUACUUUGAAAUACUGACUUGAAAGAAAAGUCAUGUUUUCAAUCAUUUAGGAUUAAAUGCUUGAUGGUUUUAA